ACAUAGCAGCUGCGUGAGGGAGGUACUGAGUGCUACCAAAUUAACAAAUCAAUCAUCCAGGGAGAGAUGUGGAGGCUAAAGAUCGCGGAGGGCAGCGGCAACCCACUGCUGCGCACCACCAACGGCCACGUCGGCCGGCAGGUAUGGGAGUUCGAUCCUGCCGCGGAUGACCCCGACGAGGUCGCCGCCGUUGAUGCCGCCCGCCGCGACUUCACCAGCCGCCGGCACCAGAUGAAGAACAGCUCCGACCUCCUCAUGCGCAUGCAGCUCUCUAAGUCAAACAAUCUCAAGAUGAACCUUCCUCCCAUCAAGCUGGAACAACAUGGGUAUCACAUAGAAGAAGACGAUGUCUUGAUAUCUUUGAGGAGGGCAAUCAACCGAUGUUCCACUCUCCAGGCACAUGAUGGUCAUUGGCCGGGGGAUUACGCUGGCACUUUAUUUCUCUUGCCCAGCUUGAUUGUAGCACUGCAUGUGACUGGAGCACUAACUACUGUGUUGACAUCUGAACAUCAGAAAGAGAUUCGGCGGUAUCUCUACAAUCAUCAGAAUGAAGACGGGGGUUGGGGACUGCAUAUUGAGGGAACAAGCACAAUGUUCUGUACUGUCAUGAACUAUGUUGCUUUGAGAUUGCUUGGGGAGGGGCUGGAUUCAUGCGGAGCCAUGCUACAAGCUCGGAGUUGGAUCUUGGAUCAUGGAGGAGCAACUUUAACACCAUCGUGGGGAAAAUUCUUUCUUUCGGUCCUUGGGGUAUAUGACUGGUCCGGGAACAACCCAUUGCCACCAGAACUAUGGAUGAUGCCUUAUUUCUUGCCUAUUCAUCCAGGGCGCAUGUGGUGUAAUUGUCGGUUGGUAUAUUUGCCCAUGUCAUACCUAUACGGGAAGAGGUUUGUGGGUGCUACUACAUCAAUUGUACUAGACUUGAGGAAAGAGCUCUACAAUGUCCCGUAUAAUGAGAUUAACUGGGACAAGGCUCGCAAUGGGUGUGCCAAGGAAGAUCUUUAUUAUCCCCAUUCACCACUACAGAAUAUUGUAUGGGCCACUCUCAAGAAAAUUGGUGAACCGGUUCUUAUGCACUGGCCUGGCAGCAAUUUGCGAAAGAAAGCUCUGGACAUUGUCAUGAAACAUAUAAAGUAUGAGGAUGAAACAACUCAAUAUAUAUGCAUUGCUCCUCUCAAUAAGAUGUUGAAUAUGAUUUGUUGCUGGGUAGAAGAUCCAAAGUCAGAGGCAUUCAAACUCCAUAUUGAAAGAGUAUAUGAUUUCUUAUGGGUUGCUGAAGACGGCAUGAAGAUGAAGGUGUCAACGAGUUCUCCUUCAUGUUUUAUUAUAUUUUCUUCAUUGGGAUAUUUUUUAUUAGCAUUAUCUGAGUCUUACAAUGGCAGCCAGCUAUGGGAUACAGCUUUGACAGUUCAGGCUAUAUUUGCUACCGGCCUCACAAAAGAGUUUGGCCAUACAAUUAAAGUCGCUCAUGACUAUAUCAAACAUUCCCAGAUUCGUGCGGACUGCCCUGGAGACCAAAGCAAGUGGUAUCGCCAUCUAUCAAAAGGUGGAUGGACACACUCAACUGCUGACCAAGGGUGGCCUGUAUCAGAUUGUACUGCAGAAGCAUUUAAGGUUUUGUUGUUGUUAACUAAGGUUCCUGAACUGGUUGAUGAGCCUAUAGAAACAAGCAGACUUGAUGAUGCAGUCAACAUUCUACUAUCUUUGAUGAAUGACGAUGGCAGUUUUGGUGCAUAUGAGCUAACAAGAUCUUAUGAAUGGCUUGAGUUGUUGAAUCCUUCUGAGAGCUUUGGCGGCAUAAUGAUCGAGUAUCCGUAUGUUGAGUGUACAUCAUCAGUAAUUCAGGGUCUAGUGUUAUUUAGAGAAAUGUACCCCGAACACAGUCGCUUGGAAGAGAUAGACAGUUGUAUCCAAAAGGCUGCAGACUACAUUGAGAGCAUCCAAUGGAGUGAUGGAUCAUGGUAUGGUUGUUGGGCUAUCUGUUUCACAUAUGGCACUUGGUUUGGGGUGAGAGGAUUGGUUGCUGCAGGGAGGACGUAUGUAAAUAGCCUAGCAAUCAGAAAAGCGUGUGAAUUUCUUUUGUCCAAGGAGCUUCUCCCAUCUGGAGGGUGGGGAGAAAGUUACCUUUCCAGUCAAGACAAGGUUUACACCAAUCUUGAAGGAAACAGGGCUCAUGCAGUUAACACUAGUUGGGCCAUGUUGGCCCUAAUUGAUGCCGGGCAGGGUCAAAGAGAUCCUGCAUGUCUACAUAGAGCAGCCAAGAUUCUGAUGAACUUCCAAUCAGAGGAUGGAGAGUUCCCUCAGCAAGACAUUAUUGGAGCUACCAACCACAACCUUAUGCUCACUUAUGCCCAGUUCAGGAACAUAUUCCCUAUCUGGGCUCUUGGAGAGUACUACCGGAGAGUGCUUCUGGUAGCUUAAAGGAAACCAUCGUUAUGUAUAUAUAGUGGUUGGGAAUUACAUACUUCUUUGUGCUCUCCAUCUCAGCUAGAGAUGGGCAUAAAUAUAUUGUAGUGAAUGGUGUUUUUUUUUACUUGUAUCUAGUGCUAUUGGUUUUAGGAGCAUGAACCUUCUUUCGAGAAGAGUUUUAGUGUUACUGACCAUACAUGUGCUACCAUAUUCACUACCAGUAUGAGCUAUGUGAUCAAAAUGAAUGUACAUGAUCACAUUAAUCACAACCAUUUAGAACAUUCGUAUAUGGACCCUCAA